UUAAUUUCGAGAGUAGCACCACCCCACGUGGCUUGCCUCGAAUUCUCCUUGUCGGCAAGUGGGCACCCAGCUUUUUGACCCCCCCACCCCCUUCAUAAAAACGCGUGAACAUUUUAUAAACCCCCUUUGACAUUUUCUAAAGUCAACCACCAAAAUCACCAAAAUCCCACCCAACUCUCUCUCUCUCUCUAAAUUCCUAGUGAGAGAAAACAAUACUCCCACCACCAUCCACUUUCUCUCUCUACAAAAGUCAGCGCCUUCUUUUUGUCUCUUCACAGCAAAGAACAGAAAAAAAAAAGAACAGAGGAAAUGGAGGAUGACUGGGAUCUCCACGCGGUGGUCAGAAGCUGCACCUCCUCCACUACCACCACCACCGCCGCCGCCGCCGCCGCCGCCGAACAAACACCUCGCACCCAACUUUUCAGCACCACCUCCGACCAAGAUUGCAGUAGCUUACAAGAUCUGCUGUUCGAGCCGAGAAGAGAGAAUAAUUCCUCAGAAGAGCUGCACGAUCUCUGCAAACCCUUCUUCCCAAAAAAGACAAUUAAUUCAGAAAAAGCAUUAUUUAUUCCACCACAAAGAUUAUUACCGGUUUCACCACUCUCUGUUCUUGGUGGUUUGCAAGAUCUAUCUUUUGAGCAAGCUGUAGUUAAACAGCCACCUCCGAAAACACAGAUUCAUCACAAAAAUCAGCUCUUUUCUGUUGUUAAUGGCUCCAAACCUACUUCUUCUCAUCACCCCAAUCCAAGGUCCAAGAAAAGGAAGAACCCAUUGAAGAAGGUUUGUCAUGUAUCUGCAGAGGGUUUAUCUUCAGACAUGUGGUCUUGGAGAAAAUAUGGCCAAAAACCAAUCAAGGGCUCUCCUUAUCCUAGGGGUUAUUACAAAUGCAGCACGUUAACAGGAUGUAUGGCAAGAAAGCAAGUGGAGCGGAAUAAAUCCGACCCGGGAAUGUUCGUAAUCACCUACACGGCGGAGCACAACCACCCGGUGCCUACCCACCGGAACUCUCUCGCCGGGAGCAGCCGCAACAAGCCCGCCGAGGCUCCCAACUCCGACGAGCCCAAGAAAGCGGCCUCUUCCUCGUCGGAAAUGUUGGAGGACAGCAGCCAGCCGGAGGAGGAUUUUGCCGCCGGAGUGGAUCUCGAUGACGAAGACGACGAUCUCAGCCCGUCGAAUAUGGCGUUGGACGACAGUUUCUUCGCGGGGUUGGAUGAUUUAGAUGGGGAGGAAGGUGGGGAGUGCUUUAGUACUACCGAUCGAUUAUCGACGAGUUUGCAGUUCCCUUGGCUUGCAAGUAGCGGAACCGCCGCCAGCGGUGCUGCCGCCGCUGCCGGAGGUGGUUGUUGACUUGGGUGGGGAAUGAUGCUUUUCUUGUGGCUCACUUCUCUUUCCAUUUUGUAGUACAGAGACAACUUUUUUGUUCGGUUGAAAGUUGUAAAGAAUCUUGAAAAAAUGAGAGUGUUCUCUUUUUCUUUUUCUUUUUUUUUUUUUUGAGAGUAACGUAUACAUUUAAUUAAAUCUCUAAUCAUAAAAGAUCCUUGUAGAGGUAAAAAGCAUAGAUGCGAUUGGAUUUGUUUAUUUAUUAAUUAAUUGGAUGUGUG